CGUAUGAACGCGCUCAGGAUUGAACAGUCUGAAAACCUUCGACCCCGUUGUCGAUGGUCAAAGGAUGAAGACAGUAAACUUUUAAGUCUAGUCUCUGAACUAGGGAAACGAUGGACAACGAUCUCUAAAGAAUUUGUGGAUCGUUCGCCAAGCAAUGUAGCCAAUCGCUAUUUUUUAUUGACGAAAUGCGAAGAGCGAGGACCAUGGUCAAGCGAAGAGAUUGAACGAUUACGAGAGUUGGGAAGGGGGAGAACGUAUGAGGAGAUUGACGAUUGGGAUGAGAUUUGUAAAAAGCUUCUAAGGCCACGUCCAUAUUCAUUGGUCAAGAUGACAUACAAGCAUUCGUUAGACCCUCGUAUUAAGCAUGGACGAUGGACAGAGGAGGAAUCGGAUCGAUUGGAGAGGUUAGUGAUGAGGUAUGGUGAAGAUCAGAUGAAGUUGGUGGCGCAAUUGAUGGGCACACGUACAAAGCGUCAAUGUCUAGAACGAUGGCGAUGGCAGAUGGUGAAUAUCAAAAAGGGUCAUUUCUCAGAGCAGGAAGAUAAACUGAUCUUGAAUGCUGUUAAACGUUAUGGUGAAAACUUUGCUGUCAUCUGUAAGGUCACCGGUAUUCAACGAACACCACGUCAUGUGAGUCAACACUAUCAAAACUUUCUCGCUCCUGGUCUGGAUCGUUCACCUUGGACUCCAGAAGAAGAAGAAUUAGUCCACAAGGUCUGUACUGAA